UAUAGAUUUAGUUAUUACCUCCCUCGGCAAAAAACAUUCAAGGCCAGCCUUAUGGGAUUACCUACCCGCCACUGGUCAGGGCUACAAAAACGACCUGGCCAACUGAUUGCACCACUACAGAUUCUCCGAAUUGCAUCGCGUUAUCUUCCAAUGUACAUUAAGCUCCUAGGUACUACGCUAGGUAUGUUUACUGCUCUUCGGUUUCCGGAGAAAGUAAGCCCGUUUCGAGGCUCUGCGUUGUCUAAGCAGCAGUAUCGGUCACGAGAACUUAGAAACGAUCAAUCCAGAGACGACUAGGCAUACAAUAGUUCCCCACAGGAAGUCUCUAUCAGGCAACUUAAAGAGAGCCGGUAGCGUUGAAAUCCUGGAGUGCCGUCACCACUCUGGUCUUCAUUGUCUUCUCACCCUCCCGAACCCAGACCCGCGGGUCGUAGUACUUCUUGUUUCUGCUCGGUCUGUUAGCACUGAUUACAAUGGAGUAUAAAUU